ACGGGCCUGCCCUCCUGGCAGCAGGUGCUGUCGCUGGGCGCCGACGUGCUGCCCGAGUACAAGCUGCAGUCGCCGCGCAUCCACAAGUGGACAAUACUCCAUUACAGCCCCUUUAAGGCGGUGUGGGACUGGAUCAUAUUACUCCUCGUUAUGUAUACCGCCAUCUUCACGCCGUACGUCGCUGCUUUCUUGCUUAACGAAGCCGAUUUCAACACGAGAAAAAGCAAGAAAUACGGUGAAGAUCCUAUCGUCGUGAUCGACCUGAUCGUUGAUGUAACAUUCAUCAUAGACAUACUUAUAAAUUUCCGCACAACAUAUGUGAACAGCAAUGAAGAGGUAGUAUCUCAUCCAGGGAAGAUUGCAGUGCAUUACCUGAAAGGCUGGUUUGUAAUAGACUUGGUGGCUGCUAUUCCUUUUGAUCUUCUUCUUUUCAACUCAGACACUGAUGAGACAACAACAUUGAUUGGUCUCCUGAAGACAGCAAGACUCUUGCGGUUGGUGAGAGUUGCUCGGAAGAUUGAUCGUUACUCAGAAUAUGGUGCUGCCGUCCUUCUGCUGCUUAUGGCUACUUUUGCUCUUAUUGCUCACUGGCUUGCAUGUAUAUGGUAUGCAAUUGGACAUGCUGAGCGAACCUUGAUGAAUAACAGAGUUGGUUGGCUAGAUAUAUUAGCUAAUGACACUCAUCAGUUUUACAAUGCCAAUAACACAGGAGGUCCAUCAAUAAAGUCCCGCUACAUCACUUCAUUGUACUUCACAUUCAGCAGUUUAACUUCUGUGGGAUUUGGAAAUGUAGCACCAAAUACAGAUUCAGAGAAGAUGUUCACUAUCUGUGUUAUGUUAGUUGGAUCACUUAUGUAUGCCAGCAUAUUUGGAAAUGUAUCUGCAAUCAUACAGCGACUGUAUUCAGGGACUGCAAGAUAUCAUACACAGAUGCUGAGAGUGAGAGAAUUCAUUCGUUUUCACCAGAUACCUAAUCCUUUACGCCAGAGGUUGGAAGAAUACUUUCAGCAUGCAUGGACAUAUACCAAUGGAAUUGAUAUGAACAGUGUACUUAAAGGUUUUCCUGAGUGCCUGCAGGCAGAUAUUUGCUUGCACCUAAAUCGUAACUUAUUGAGUAACUGUUCAGCCUUUGAAGGAGCUUCUCCUGGAUGCCUCAGAGCUCUGUCUUUGAAGUUCAAGACCACUCAUGCACCUCCUGGGGAUACCCUUGUACAUAAAGGUGAUGUUUUGACGUCACUAUAUUUCAUUGCUAGAGGGUCAAUAGAAAUACUAAAGGAUGAUAUUGUAAUGGCUAUUUUGGGAAAGGAUGAUAUUUUUGGGGAAAAUCCAUGUAUUCAUCCAACACUGGGCAAGUCAUCAUGUAAUGUGCGAGCCCUUACCUAUUGCGAUCUGCAUAAAAUUCACCGUGAUGACCUUUUAGACGUACUAGAGUUAUAUCCUGAGUUUUAUAACUCAUUUUCUAACAAUCUUGAAAUUACAUUUAAUAUGAGAGAUGAGGAGCUUGCAGGCGUAGAUCCCAGAGCAGCUAGGAGGCAUAGAACAGGUUUAGCUUCUCGUUCAAGCUCACAAGACAGAGAUUCAGAUGUAAGAAGAUAUGCUUACAGACCACCUCGUCGUCGAACAUUUCAUCACAGAGGAUCAGGUGGUGGGCCAUGUGGGGAUGGCACUCUAGGAGGCAACAGUCAAGAUUCCAGUGAAGAUGGGUCUGAGUUUGAGAAGUCUGGUCAUGGCAUUCUAGAAUUCUCAGCGGAUAAGGCUGGUCGGGAUGUGACUCCAAUGAAUCUUGAAUUUGGAGAUGAUGACAGACAAGUGAAACCAGGAACACUUAAUUCAAUUGCUGGCAUGUUCUCGCAACUGAAAAGAAGCUUCACGGAUCUCCGCUUGCACAGGUCUUCCAGCCAGAGGCUCCACAACACUGACAUUAAGACUGGUGGCUUGACGAACACGGUGGUAGCACUGGACUCCCUCAUGAAAUCCAGCAGCCAUGGAAAUGGCAAGCACUCACAAGGUACUCCAAACGUGGGCCCAUCUCCUGCUGUAUCGGUCCACUGCUGCACCAAAGAGAACCAGCCAUUGCUUCAUCAUCAAACUCCAAUUUCAGGAAUUGGCUUAUCGACUCCCCACCUUUCCCGCCGCCGCACAUCUGAAACACAACAGUCAUCAGUGACAUCGACAACAGCAGUAGCUGUUCAAUAUGACGAACGAGAUGAUAACCUUCACAGUAUCCCCAGUGUGCCUAUCCCUGCUACCCCACAACAAGCACCUCUGUCAGCUUUAAGCCAAGCGACCGAGUCAUCCUAUUACACAACACCUUCACCCCCCAUACAUUCCAGUCCUCUGCAGCGAGUAGAUAUGUACCGACAGCAUCAGCAGACUGCUGACCAUUCAUUGGUCUAUUCCCAUGUAGGUGCUCAACAAACAGUAUUAUCGACAGGAAGUUACCAAACUCCCGGUCACACUCGGGCCGAGUACACUGGCUCACCAGCUUGGACACAACCUGGGAGGGAACCUGAUGUCUACGCAAUGAUAAAUCAGCUGAGCAGGCAAGUGCAGGCACUGGAACACAGUGUAGCUAGUGAUGUGAGAAUGAUACUUAGUAUUCUGAAGCAACAGCAGCAACAGGGUCACAGCUCUGAAUCAUCUGGCUCAUCAGUCAUACCUGAUGUGCGAGAGUCUUCUUCUGACUUUGGCCAGAGGUCAGGAAGAUCCUCCCGAGAUCAUGCUCCUAGUGCCCAGAGAAGUUAUAGUGCAUCUCACGAGACUCCAGCUUCAUUGCCUUCAAAUAAUUUCAGGCCAACACCAAUGGAAGAUUUCCGGCAUGCUGCCACUGGCAGUAACAGUAUGGAUUUACAACACCAGUCACACUCUCACCACUCCGUCCCACAGCAAGUGACUCCUGAACUUACCUCCAGGCAUCCACAUUACAAGCAUUCAGCAUCACGCAUUCCACAGCGCAGUCAGUCACAACCAGUAGAUCUUAUGCAGGUACAGCAUCAGCACACACCAUCUUGGCAUCAACAACAUGGUGAUACUGAGAGUGAGGAUGCAUGGCCUGUUCAGCAUACUGCAGAUACUAGAAAAGAUGAUUUUUCAUUUAGAGGAACUGCGGCUGAAGAGACACCAUCAUGGGAUUUUAAAGAUGCUCCAGUGGCGCCUAUUGCUAGGCUAGAGUCAUUGGAUGAACUUGAUCAAGGACAGGACUCACAGAGUAGCAGCCCACGUGGUGCAACAUCUGGCCCAUCCACAACGGAAGUGAAAACAUCAGAUGUCUAGUCUACUCUCCACAAGUGUUUUUCAAGACACGUUCUUGUUGUCACUGAGAAAAAGACAUACAUGGACAAGUGAGCAAGAAACUCUUCAGGGAAUCGCAGCCCAAAUGAAAUGGACUGUUUUAUAAUAGUCAAAACAUUGUCACAAGACAGUAGUGUUUUCAAUAAUUUGUAUUUUUUUUAAACACGUUACAGGAAUUUAUAUGAAAAUAUUACUUUGCAUUGUAAAAAAAAAAACAUUGUGCAAUCACACAGUUAUUCACUCAUCUGAUGCUGCCUGAAUCAAAUAAUACGGUAUUUUAAGGAAUGAUUCUUUAAAAUUGGGAUAAGUCAGUAGCUUUUAGCUAUUCACAGUGCUUGGCAACACCACUAAAAUGAACUAAGAAGGUGGUGUACUGGACAGAGUUGUGUAUUCAUAGGCAACUGAAAGUCAGCAUAAAAUAGAAUAAUAUUCUAGUGUGUGACAGAGGUUACAGAGGACAUACUGUUGUAAUCAGGACAUCUGACUCACUGUUAGUCAUGGUCAAUGGCUCACAGUAACAUUAAUUAUACGUGAUAACAACUUGCGUAUGCUUUGGUCUUAACAAUUUAUAUAACUGAAUAAAUAAAUUUUCUUGAAGACUGGGCAUUCAUAUUCACAUAAGUUGAUUUUUUCUCAGAAGAAUUCUGUCUGUUGUUCUGCUAAAUGUUUUGGAGGUUUGACAUGAAAUCAUAAACUUUUGUCUAUUAACACCUUUCUGUAGGUGACUGCUGCAGACAUGAACAUGCAAGACAUUGUUGCACAGUCAAGGAAGCAAUGUUUUAACUUGAGCUUUCUUGUGAAAACACACAGGUUACCAUUUCAUAAUACACAUGUUUCUUUCUCCUUUUGGCAUUACUUACUUUGUGCUUCACAGUGACAGGUUUUGCACAUUAAAAUGUAUUGGAUACUUGUAAAAGGAACAUAAUUCCUAGUUUUAUAUUAUGAAACAUUC